AUGCCCCCUCGAAAGACAGGCCACCAGCGACAUGGCCAUGGCAAGACGAAAGACAAGAGAAACUCAGAUUACGAUCCUCCUUCGAAAUCGAUGGACGGAAAAGUAAAAGAAUUCGGAAAGAAAGCAAGGGCGCUUUUGCAAGAAGAAAAGGAUAAGCGUAGGGAAAUUAAGGUUGUGGAUCCAGUACAAAUAUCAACCAAAACGAAGAGCAGUACAUCGUUUGGAUCUGCCAUCAAGUCAGCGGGUGCAGCAACUACCGCAACGGCACGGUCAAAUAAGAGGCAAAGGGUUUCCUCUCCCACCAAGCGACGACGGUCGGAGGGCGCAUCGUCGGCAGUAACGAGUAAGAUUCACAUUCAUGCGCCGCAUAUCCCCAUUCCAGACAAGGAGUUUCGAUCCAAUGUUGUCAAACUGCAUGGACUACAUGCAUCUUGUACCAAGGAUCACAUCAAGAAGUUCUUUUCGGGUCUCAAAUUUGAUUUCAUCUUCACGGUGCUUUCCAAUGACAUUUAUAUACCACUAUUGGAUUGCAAGAAGGAUCUUCAAGAAACUAGAGCAAGUUCCAACAACGAUCAUCACUUGAGAGUCUUUGUCAAAUUUGAAAGCUCUACCUUAGCCACAGUUGCAGCGGAAAGGUCUGGUGAAACCAUCAGCAUUGGUGCAGUUAAGACGAGUAGUAGCGAACCAACAAAAGUAUCGAUUGGGGUAACACUAAUGAGCAAAGAGCUUGCUCGUCGAAUGUUGGAGAUGUCUAUUCAUGGCAUCAGUAAUGCACCCUUUUACGAGGUGCUUUCAAAGAUUGAAAAGGAACUGCAUCCCAUAAUAUCCACGAUUCUAUGGAAGAGGGUCGCUAAAACUGUCGAAGUACCACUUGAGGAAGAGAUAAAUCAGCAUGAUUUGUUCAGGAAAACCAACCACGAUCCCUCCACGUUGCAAGGAUACCAGGAGCUGGCUCGUCACUGCAACCAACUCAUUGAAAUUCAUGAAACAUUGAUAAAUCAACUUCCGUCACCGUCAGUCGAGCUAUUGGCAUCGGAACUGUCUAGCACUGAUCCAAGCGUCCGACUAACUAGUGUUGCGGCCACUGUGUUGACAAACGAAGUGUCACAAUUGCACAAGAUCCUUUGUCAAGGGCGGGUGGAAGCUCGAAUCCAACGCCAAACGGAAGCGACAAGAUGA